AAAGUAUAUAAGUUCAUAGCAAUUUGCAGGAAACUUACUAGCAACAAUUCAUUCAUGCCUUAAUUCCCUGUACUUGUACAAGACCUCUGCUGAUAUCUGGUUUUUCUUUACUUCUAAACAUGAAAAAGAUCGCCAGAAUCUAUGCCUAAUUUUCCGCUUCUCUGUUCAGUGCAGUUUUUGCAUCAUCUUUCACUACCUUGAUCUUUUUUCUCUCGCCUUUCAUGGCUUCUCCAUCUUCCAACAAGAAAACCAACGAUGCCUACAGAAUUUUACCAGCUUCCUCAGUCAAGGAAAAACCCCCAAGCCGCAGGACAAUCUAUAUAGAAACUGACGUCUCCAACUUCAAAGCCGUGGUCCAAAAGUUCACCGCUUUACCCGAAGAAAAUCCACCGACCGUUUACCCGCAUCCUGUCGCCGGGAAACCACCCUCCCGCGACAUGGGUGCCCGGAGACCAGGCCUCAAGCUCCAUGAACGAAGGCGGAGCGUAUGUGUGCCGGAGAUCAAGGUUAACAACAAUGGCCGCCUCCUUGACUGUGGUGGUAAAAGUGGAUCAUCGUCGUCGUCGUCAUCAUCAUCCUCAUCCUCCACUUACUCCUCCUCCUCAUCGUCCUCCUCCUCCUCGGGUUCUUCCGCGAGGCCAAGAAGAGUUUUUGGGUUCAGCUUCGACCAGGUGACGGUGUCGCCGAUGGAAAAUUUGGCAUGUGGGAAUACAAAAGCGCCGCAGAGGAUAACUUGUUCAGCACCGUUGGAUGAAGAGAUGCAGGGGAUUGAUGAGAAGGGUUAUUAUUUGCUCCCCACUAGUAGUGAUACUCCCGGAGGAUCUAAGCCACCCCCGCUUUUGCCUUUGUUUCCCAUUCAUCCAAGUUAUCCAAAUAGUCUUGAUAUUGAUGCUGUUGAGAACGAAGACCCUACUUCAAGUGCUUAGUUCUUUUCAAUGGUAAUAAUCAUAUGAUCAUCAUGAUAUAGAGAGAAAUUUAGAGGGAGAUAGCGGUGAACAAACAUUUAUCUGUAUAUGCUCAGUCUUGUUAGUAAAACGGGAAUGUCAGACAGGAGGAACAAUCUUUACAUGAUU